AUGCGACCAGAGGACGUUUCCUGCCUAGAGACACUGGUUCUUAGCGGUGAAGCCGUCAAGCAAGAGAAUGUCGAGGUCUGGGCCAGUAAAGUAAUGCUGGUCAAUUUGUAUGGCCCGGCUGAAGCAACUGCCUGCACGGUGGGCCGGAUCCCACCGGUGGGCUGGAUCCCUGGCACAAUCGGCUCAAUGGUUGGAGGAGUUGGUUGGGUCUGCGUACCAUCCAAUGCUUCUCAACUCGCGCCAGUUGGAACAAUAGGGGAACUCGUCAUUGAGGGUGCGGUUGUGAGUCGCGGAUACCUUAACGACAGGGAGAGAACGAGGGCUAGUUUCCUGAAGGGGGCUUCUCUACCGACAUGGCUUUGUAGGUUUCGCCAGGGCGACAGAACCCAGUCUCGGCUGUACCGGCCCGGAGACCUGGUGCAAUACAAUGCCGAUGGAACAAUCCGCUAUAUUGGUCGCAAAGACACUCAGACCAAGUUACGCGGUCAACGCAUUGAGCUUGGGGAGGUCGAGACCUGGAUUUACCGAAACGCCUCUCUGGUCGUAUUUAUCCACGAACAUCGCAACUACGACGAAGAGGGAGACGAGGAUGCUGUGUCAGACGAUCGUCCACUCUUUAAGAAACCUAUUAAGGCUUUCCGAGAGAGCGCUGCGGUGGUGGAAACCCGUCUCCACGAGGUGAUCCCGCGUUAUAUGGUGCCAUCUCUGUUCAUACCCGUCCACGAAAUGCCUAAAACGGCAACAGGUAAAAUGAAUCGCCGAUUGCUGCGAGAAGAGGCUUCUAGAUUGUCCCGAGAGGACAUCCUGCUGUACCGCGUCACCCGUGGCAGUAUGGGCAAGGUGACGACGAAAACCGAAGAAAUUCUGCAGGGAAUUUGGGCCCGCAUCCUUUCCUUGCCCGCAAAGGUAAUUGGAGUCGACGACGAUUUUUUCGGCCUGGGAGGUGACUUGAUCAGCGCAAUGACGCUGGCUGCGAUGGCCCGAUCCCAGGGGCUCGCUUUGACUGUCGCAGAUAUCUUCGAUAAUUCUGCUUUAAAUAAACAGGCGGCUCGGACUCGGAGCACGUCACUGUUCAGUAUUAACGCGACUCCAUUUUCCCUGGUCGAAGUGGGAGAAAGCGGAAAUGCUCUUCUAGAGCCAGGCAUAUUUUACACGGUGGCCUCUGCUAAUUUCACGUUCUAUUUCGUCGGUAACAUCGACGUCGGUCGUCUCGAGCAGGCCUGUGCCUCCGUAUUCGCAAAGCAUGAAAUUCUAAGGACGCUGUUCAUCUCAUAUCGGGAUACCCUUGUUCAAGUCAUUCUGCGGGAUAUCCAAUGUCCAUUCCAUCAUACCGCGGACGUCGAGGACCUGACCACUGCCACGAAAGCUCUGUAUGACCAAGGUGCGGGCAGGCACAUCACAGAGGUGGGACUGCCGUUGAGAUACACUCUUUUGUCCAACCUUCCUCAGUCGCAGCAUAUCUUCAGCAUUCGCAUCUCCCAUGCACAGUAUGAUGGGGUUUGUCUACGCUUGCUAUGCGACCAGAUCCAAGCUGCGUAUAACGAUCUAACGAAAUUUGCGUCCGCCCCGCCGGAGACCGACUUUUCCUCAUUCUGUACUACCGCCGUCAGCAGGUUAACAAAGAAGCCUCGACUUCUGGAGAACAUACCUUGA